CCCGAGCCCGCGGCCCGGCGUCCGCCCGCCCGCCCUCGGCCCCUGGGCUGUGUUCAUUCACUCGCUCUCUCUCCCACUCACAGCUCGUCUCCUCUUUCCGCAGCAUGGCCGACUACCUGAUCAGCGGCUGCACCGGCUACGUGCCCGAGGACGGCCUCACCGCGCAGAUCCUCUUCGCCUCCGCCGACGGCCUCACCUACAAUGACUUCCUGAUUCUUCCCGGUUUCAUUGACUUCGCUGCUGAUGAAGUGGACCUGACCUCGGCUCUCACUAAGAAAAUUACCCUGAAGACUCCCCUUGUCUCCUCUCCCAUGGAUACUGUGACGGAAUCCAGCAUGGCAAUUGCUAUGGGGUUAAUGGGCGGAAUUGGAUUCAUCCAUCACAACUGCACUCCAGAAUUUCAAGCUAAUGAAGUCCGCAAGGUUAAGAAGUUUGAGCAGGGCUUCAUCACUGACCCUGUUGUCAUGAGCCUCCACCACACAGUCGGGGAUGUUUUUGAAGCCAAAUCACGGCACGGCUUCUCUGGAAUUCCAAUCACAGAAACGGGCAAAAUGGGAAGCAAGCUAAUGGGAAUUGUCACCUCGCGAGAUAUUGACUUUCUUUCAGAGAAGGAUUAUGACACAGCUUUGAAUGAGGUGAUGACAAAGCGGGAAGACCUGGUUGUUGCUCCAGCUGGUGUAACUCUCAAGGAGGCUAAUGAAAUUCUACAACGUAGCAAGAAAGGAAAGUUGCCAAUUGUUAAUGACAUGGAUGAGCUGAUCUCAAUCAUUGCACGGACAGACUUGAAGAAGAACCGAGAUUACCCAUUGGCGUCGAAAGACUCGAGGAAGCAGCUGCUCUGCGGCGCAGCAAUCGGAACACGGGAAGAUGACAAAUAUCGACUGGACCUGUUGAUGCAGGCAGGGGUGGAUGUUGUUGUGUUGGAUUCCUCACAAGGAAACUCAGUUUUCCAGAUAAACAUGAUUCGAUACAUUAAACAGAAAUAUCCAGAGUUACAAGUGGUUGGUGGGAAUGUGGUAACUGCAGCACAAGCCAAAAACCUGAUUGACGCAGGUGUGGAUGCUCUACGGGUGGGCAUGGGGUGCGGUUCAAUCUGCAUCACUCAGGAAGGUUCAUUGGUGAGGGGAGGAUCGCUCCAAUAUUGCAAGGGGAGCAGUCCUCUCUCUCCAAUACAAUCCAAUCCACCUGUUGGGCAGAAUUGUCCAGCAGUUAUGGCUUGUGGAAGACCUCAGGGUACUGCAGUGUACAAAGUGGCUGAAUAUGCUCGUCGGUUUGGUGUCCCGGUCAUUGCAGAUGGUGGAAUCCAGACAGUCGGGCAUGUGGUGAAGGCUCUGGCCUUAGGAGCUUCAACAGUGAUGAUGGGUUCAUUGCUGGCAGCUACCACGGAGGCCCCAGGCGAGUAUUUUUUCUCUGAUGGAGUGAGGUUGAAGAAAUAUCGUGGCAUGGGGUCACUGGACGCAAUGGAGAAAAGCACAAACAGUCAGAAACGAUACUUCAGUGAAGGUGAUAAGGUGAAGGUGGCCCAAGGAGUUUCGGGAUCAAUUCAGGACAAAGGAUCAAUCCACAAGUUUGCACCGUACUUGAUUGCAGGAAUACAACAUGGAUGCCAGGAUAUUGGAGCCAAGAGCCUCUCCAUCCUUCGGUCAAUGAUGUACUCAGGGGAGCUGAAAUUUGAGAAGAGAACCAUCUCCGCUCAGGUAGAAGGAGGUGUACAUGGUCUGCAUUCUUACGAGAAGCGGCUUUACUGAAGAAGGGAGUGUUACUCACCAGACCAUGGCUCCCAACGUUCCAUCCCUAUUGGCCGUCAAACAGCAAAGGCACCCUUGAACAUCUUCCUCUGCCUGUUGAACUGAAGCAGCUGCCCUGUUUUGCGCCUUCUGGCUUGUGACGCACACUUUUUUUUACUUUUGUGUUUGGACUUUUGUAUCUUAAGCUGUGAAGAAUAUAGUCAGAGAGGAAAAGAGCAACACAACAGCUGCCUCACCAACAAGACUAAGUUACUGGCGUGAUGGGCUCCUAUGUGCUUGUUAUUUAUCCAUGGUCUGGAUACAAUUCUGGCACCUAGCUUUUACAGCAAGAUUUCACUUCCAUCGUUUCACUCAACAAUCGGACUAUAAUUUUGUUUUUGUCGUCAAAAUUGUUAAUUUCUGCUUUAAUUAAAAAAUAAUAAUUUUGAUGGCGAAAAACAACAUUUGUGUCCCGUCCAAAUGACCAGUGUUGUCAAGAGGUGGAUACAGAGAGUGUGGUUAAUAUUUUGACCUUGUCAGAAACACCAAUGCUGCAUGAACUUAGCUAAUCAAGCAGCACAUGAUGGCAGAGUUCUACCAGAACAUCUGAUUUUGUUUCAAGCAUCUGCAGUUUUGUGUUUUACACUCUUUGUCAUUUAAUACUCAAUGGUUAAUGCAUUACUGCAACUGCUAGAAAUUAUUUAUGUUUAACCACCUCCCUGCUGCACAGCAGAACAUGACAUGGGUGGUGGGAUAGGAGAGGAUUGUGGGCCUUGGGUGGGAGUUGGAAACUAUUUCUGCUUUCUGGACACUUGGUGAGCUUCCAAAGUAGGAUUCCAUUAAGUAUUUGAGGUCGCAUCACACAGACCAAGUGCAGAAAAGGGGAGUUGUGAUCGGUCUCUACUCCUCACAAAGCAUGCCAUCGUUCGGCUCGGCUACACUUGUGUGGCUAUUUCCUAUGAUGCCCCGGACUGGACCUCAUGGGGCAUGUCCCAGCUUUGUUUACUUGAACUGUAGGAAAAUCCAUCAGAAUAAAUGAACGCGUUGUGACUUGCCUUCUUUUGCUCAUUCAACUUCUCUCUUCCCCAUCCUUUAUUCACCAACUAGCAAUCUUCCACUCAGUUACAAAUGCUCAGACCAAAAGUCAGGAUGCUUCAGUGUAUUAUCCACAAGUCUGGGUACGGCAAUCUAGGCUGAGGCUAGGAGGAAGAACUCCAUUCAUGAUGCUUACUGUUGGACAAAGCUUCAUAAAAAAUAUUUUGCAAAUCAAUGCCUGUAUAAAACAAAAUCUGAGGUGGAGCAAAAUGGAAUAAAUGCUUUUGGUUUUGAGA